UUUGUUGACUGUUAUUUAGCAAUGCAUCGAUCCAGAGAAGCUGUAACCAUUGCAAGUAAUGCUUGCAAACUAUUAGGCCAGACUCCAAGAGCUUUAACUCUGUAUGCCUCAGUGCUGCUAAAGGAUACCUUGACUGUCAGUAAGGGAAAAAGUCUGUUGGAGAAAGCCUUGAAGGAGGAUCCAUAUUAUCUUCCUGCUGUUUACCUUUUGUGUGAAAUAUAUGAACAGGACAUGCGGUAUGAUGCAGCAAUAGAGUUACUACGAAAGCAGGUUGCAGUACAAUCAACCUGUAGACUUCACCAGAUGUUAGCAGAUUUUUUUUCUCAUGUACGGGAUGAAGAGAAAGCAGCACAUCAUUUUGGAAUUGCCUUGAAUCAUGAACCAGGUAACACUCGUGCACUGGAAGGAAUGCAGAAAAUGGAAGCAGCUCCAGACACAGUGGAAGCUCCACCAUAUGACAUGGAAGUUGAAGACAUAGCAGACUCCGAGGGUGAAGUGGAGGAAAGUGAUUUAGAGGCUGUUUGGUCAGAUGUGGACUUCUCCUUCAGUGGGCAGUGACAAGGUUCAGGGUACCCCGGCAAGACCAACAUCGUGACAUUACUACUUGUGACUUAAGCUUAAUCACUAGACUAGUUUGUGAAUAAUCAUAAAGUAUUGUUAAUGUUCACAUUCUGUACACCAUUAGAUUUAUGGUGCAAGUAUCUGAAAUAUUACACUUGGAACAUCAAAUCAUAUGCAUUAGGUGAUACUGAUUUUUAAUCAAAUUUGGAUGCUAUCAUGUAUUUAUAUAUAGCAUUGCAUGCAGGGGAAUAAAAUGCUAAAAUUUUAUGCUGGGAUGUUGCUGGCCUGUGAUAUUUUGUAUUCUGAGUGGUACAGGCCUGUAAAUGUUUACUAUAGAUACAGGCCUCUAAUUUACGAACAGAGAGAAUAUUGAAGGGGUGGUGCACCCCUUCUUAUACCCCUGAUUGUACAAUGUGAUUUAAAUUAGAGAUAUUUAUUACUUAAGAUGUUAUGAGGGUAGUUGAAACCAAGGUGUCUAUCAUGUAUAAUGUAGUUGGAUGUAAGAGUAUGAACAAAAGUGCUCCGUACUACAUAAUAAUGUAUGUUGGUUUAAAAUAUGUACUUUGAUUACUGAAGGACAGGUGCUGCCAUGUGAUGACAAGUCUGGCAGUUGACUUCCAGUUAUCUAGUCACUGUACACACAUAAGAUCUUCAGAAAUACUGCUUAUAUGUCAACAUCUUCAUUAGUCAACUUUUUUCUAUGUGAUGAUAUACCAUAUCUGUUAAAUGAUAAAAUGUUUAUAUUUCAAA